CUGUUUUGUCUCUGGGGGACGGGCUAAUAAGGGAUAAUGUCCCAGUUUGAGGAAACGCAGGAAACCGAUGACGAAAACUCAAUGCAGUGCCUUUCAUGCCAGGAUUAUUACGUCCCAGGAGAUGCCGGCACCUGCAGGGAGUGCUAUGAAGAAGUCAACGAGACCGAGGAGGAGCUCAAGACUGAGAUCGAUGACUUGAAGGCCAAAGUUGCCUUCCUCAGCCUCUUGUCUCCUGUUGAUCACCAUAAUCGCUCCGAUACUGACGUUAUUUUGGUUCCCUCCGAUGAGAGUUCUGAUCCACCCUCCCUGACCGUUCCAGCUCACAGGGUUGUUCUGGUGAGUCGCUCUCCAGUGUUCAGAGCAAUGCUUGAAAAUGAUAUGGAGGAAAGACGAAGUGGUACCAUUAAGAUUAGUGAUGUGUCAUACAAUGCUCUUCGUGCCUUUGUUGAUUAUUUAUACACUGCUGAAGCAUGCCUUGAUGACCAAAUGGCCUGUGAUCUGUUAGUUUUAGCUGAGAAGUAUCAGGUGAAGCAUCUCAAGGCAUGCUGUGAAAAGUAUUUGACGGCCAGAUUGAACUGGGAAAAAGCAGUCGCGAAUUAUGCCUUUGCUCACCAACAUAAUGCUAAACAAUUACUAGAUGCAGCCCUGGCAUUAAUCACAGACAACAUGGACAAGCUUUCUAAGCAUGAGGAGUAUGAGGAUCUGGUCGAGAGCAACCCUCGUAUUGUGGUUGAAAUCUACGAAGCUUACCUCUCAAAACAGGUUAAUACUGCAGCCAGCAAGAAAUCUUUCAAAAAGAAAUAGCAAAAGGACAUGAGAAACUAAUAGAGUCGAUGUUGUGAUAUGUUCUUCAAGUUGGAUAUUCUUGACCGGCUAUUAUUUUUUGGAUAUCUGAAAUGUAAAUGAGUGUAGUGUUAGCAGACCCCAUUAUUCCAAUCCCCCUUCCGAGUUUGUUUCGGUCACAUUUCCUGAGAGCAUAGCUUUUUGGAGAUAUAACAUAGAUGUCAUUUUUUGGUUGAAAUAUGUAAUAUUAUUUACUUUUUUAAGUCAGUUGCACUUUUUGCGACCCGCCGAUGCUCCCAAACUUAUCUACGAGUAAUUUUGGGGUCUGCGGAUAUCUAAAGCGAGUUUGUAUUUUAAAUUUUAAUAAUAAAACUAUCUCAAGUUUUAAAGUGCAA